AUGGCGAAGACGUACGAUUAUCUGUUCAAACUGCUGCUGAUCAGCAACUCGGGGGUGGGCAAGACCUGCCUCCUUUUCCGCUUUUCGGAGGAAGCCUUUAACACCACCUUCAUCUCGACCAUCGGAAUUGAUUUUAAAAUCAGAACGAUAGAACUUGAUGGAAAGAAAAUGAAGCUUCAGAUAUGGGACACAGCAGGUCAGAAAAGAUUUCGAACCAUCACGACAGCAUACUAUAGAGGAGCCAUGGGAAUCAUGCUGGUCUAUGACAUCACAAAUGAAAAGUCCUUCGACAAUAUUAAAAAUUGGAUAAGAAACAUUGAAGAGGAUGCCUCUUUAGACGUGGAAAGAAUGAUCCUGGGUAACAAAUGCGAUAUGAAUGACAAAAGACAAGUGUCAAAAGAAAGAGGGGAGAAGUUAGCAAUUGACUAUGGGACUAAAUUCUUGGAGACAAGUGCAAAAUCCAGUACAAAUGUAGAAGAGGCAUUUUUUACACUUGCACGAGAUAUAAUGACAAAACUCAACGAAAAAAAAAUGAACGACAGCAAUUCAUCAGGGGCAGGUGGACCAGUGAAAAUAACAGAAAACCGAUCAAAGAAGACCAGUUUCUUCCGGUGUUCGCUACUUUGAUGAACUUUUUUCUGAGAGACUGCAGCACACCUAGAGGACCCUUCCCUGCUUCUCUGAAAGCACAGGUCCCCCAG